UUCCGGAGCGUAACUCAAAAACCCUGGCAAAAUAAUGUCUAAAAUACGAUACUAGUUCGUUCAUAAACAGUCAUCAAUACGUUCAUCUCGUCUUUAUCCCGUCUGCAGUCCGUUGGUAUCAAGUUCAGAUCGAGUAAAAUUGCUCGUUCACCUCAUGUGGAAAACCUUUCCAAGCAGUCCAAGCCCGUCCGUAGUCAGUUUAAACCCGUUUUGAACUAGUUCUACCAAGUUCCCAAUACGUCCAAACCCGUUGUAACUAGUUCUCAACUCGACCAUCACGUUCGCAUACAGUUCACCACGUCCCAAUCUCGUCGCUAUUGCGUGCGGAACGUAAUAGCAAUCGCGUCCUGGCCCAACUGCUAUAAAUACCAUGCGCAUUGUUGCCAGUCCUCAUUCGAGUUCACCGCUUCAAGAUGCCUCCAAAGAGAUAUGCAUCCAGAAAGUCGAGCCGUGUGAAAGCAGCCAGUACUACCCCAAGAUCCCCAAGCCCUGAUGAAGCCCAUGCACAUCCCCUCGGUGUUGCUGAAUCUCCCGAGCCUGCCCCUGAGUGUGGGAUUCAAGAGAUGGAGAGAGAGGUAUCCCCUGGACCCUCUGAUGCCUCUGCCUCAAAGUCAGAGGAUGCAGAAGAUGCAGAACAGAGUCAGAAGGCCAAGAAGAAGAAAGCCAAGACCCUCACCCAUCUCACCAUGGACCAACAAGAAGCCAUGGUUGACUGGCUCAAGGCCCAUGAAGUCCUGUACAAUAGGAAGCUCGAGAGCUAUAAGGACACAAAGAAAAAGGGCUUCCUGUGGCAGCAGCAAGCAGAGGUGAUGGGCGUGAACGUUGAUGAGCUGAAGAUAUGGUAUACCAGCCUGAGGACCCGGUUCACCAAGCUGAAGAAAAAGAAGUCUGGUGAUGGUGCCCCUGAUCACUCAGAGAGAGACCAAUGGGUGCUCGACAACUUCUCUUUCCUGGCUCCCUUCACGUAUGAAGUGAAGAAAAGGACACUACUCAAGUCCAAGUUACUUCUACCAUCAGAUACAACUCCCGACCCCAUAGAUGACAAUGACUUCAUCCCUCCCUCUGGGCAGAUGGCAAGUCAGGUGUCUGACAGUCAACAGCAGGCUGCCCACAGUACAGCAGCAUUCACCACCACCUCCAGAUCUUCCACACCACAACCUAUGCACUCUUUCACCUCUGCCGUGAGCGGCAAGAUGGACCAAUUCAUGGAAAUGCAGAAUCGUGUCAUGCAACAGAUGGUCAGGCCAAACACAGACCGGAUGAAGGAGGCGUUCAUAGAAUACAUCAGGGAGUCUGUUUAUGAAAUCCACCCAGCCUUGUGGGAAGAUAUGCACAGAGACAUAAUGAAGACUGUGCUUAUGUAUAAGGACAGGGAAAGUCAGCUGAAGAGGGCCCAACAGCGAGCAAGAGCUACGGUUCCAGCUGAACCAUGUGGGUCCUCAUCUGCUUGGCAGCCACCUCCACACAUGUGGCCAUCCACUGUCCAGAACCCACUGAGUGUGUGGGGGUCCGCGGAGCGUGCCUGGGUUCAACAACAGUUCCCUCACGACCAGCGAUUGUCCCAGCAUCAGCAACAGCCACAGCAGUUCUUCCAGCCACAACAGCAAACAUCCUUCUCGAGGCAGGAUCGACAACAGGGCAAGCAGCAGGACAUAUCUGCACUCAACAUCUCAUCAUUAACCCCCAUGGCCUCCAAAUCUCUCCAAGUCCACGGUGCGAACACCAGCUUCUCCUGUGGUAUCAGCUCGUUCCUGGAGGGAGUGCAACAGCAGCGUCUUCAGCAGGAGGCUGAACAGGAGGAACCCCCGCAGUCUCAGGAUCAUAGACUUAAUAUUAGCAGCAGUGAUUGUGACUGAUAGACCUUUUGUUUUGUGCAAAUGAUUAUGUUGCAUAUGAUGACAUGUUUUAGGAUUGUCUGAUCAAGAGAAUGAACAGAAGCAGUGAUUGUGUGUUUUGUGCGAAUGAUGAUUGUGCAAACGAUGGCUAUAUGAUUGUCUGAUACUUAUUUUUGACAAAACGUUUUAAUUUAAGUGUUACAAGGUGUUACCAAAAAUAUAUAAAACAAUGUUAUAAUUUCUUUCUGCCGUGUUUUAUUCAUUUUAAGUACAAGGUUACAAACAAUCGUCACUACAUACAUUCGUGGUCACAGUCCAUACAAUUAACUUCCCAUUUCCCUGGCCCCUCUCUUAUAUUUAAGGUCAACAACAAAAAUCUGUCCCUCUCUAGAACAUUAUGAAAAGGACAAUUUUCCAU